UUUGGAUAUGACGGUGAAGGAACAAGGAAGGAAAGCUGAAACUUUGGCAGAACAUCAUGAUUCAUGAAUAGCGAGUCUGCUCUGGGGUGUGCAGCGUGGGCUUGACGAGACCAAGUCCUGGGAUGAGGGUCUGGUAGGGCACGUCCCUCCUCCUCAGCAUUCUCAGUUUUCGUCAUCUAAUAUUUCACCGAAUCUAAAAAGGGGAACUCAUCUCACUUAACGAGUUCUCUGUUAAGUCUUAGUGCCCCAAAUUUGACCCUAGUUUCGUUGCACUUUCUGGAUUCAACUUCUGCGUGGUUGUCAAAUCUUUCAAGAUCCAAACCUGCUGACUCUUGUCAUUUUUGCGAGCUACUUAUUCUGCUGGUCGCCUUCACCGUCUUCCUAAGAUGUCUGCAGAUUCUGAGGGCACUUCAUCUGCAUUAAAUCAGUCUAAUUCUCAGGUUUUUGAGGACACUGCCCUGCUAUUUGACCAUCCUUCCCAGACUGCAUUAUGUGCUCUCUGCCAAAGGGUCCUAUCACGUGAUAUUGAGAUAACGAAUGAUCUUGCACCCAUUGGUGUAUGUGGUGAUUGUAAAUUUUUAUUACUUGAAGAUUUUGGGACCCAUUACCAAAACCGUCAAACAUUGCAUAGGGGAGGAUCCAGGUACAGCAGUUCUGAAUCAAUUGAGAAUGGUUUGUCAUAUCAGCUCCCCAGCAUGGCUAAUUCUGUGAGACAAAAUCAAUCCUUUGCGUCUGAGGAGGAUGAUUUGCUUGUUGAUGGUGAUACCCCCUUUUGGUUAUUGCAGCGUGCCAGUACCCAUACUACCCCUAGUGAGUCUCUAAGAUGGAGGCGGGUUUUAUCUGAUACCGAUAGUGAUGGCUUUGAUAAUUGGAGUUCUCUUUAUGGUGAGAAUGAAUCAAAUGCAAGUGUUAGGCGCUACAGAGUCCCCAAUGGCGAGGUUGAUUCCUUCUCUUUCAGUGCUUAUGGAGGUGACUCUGAAGUGUCUAUGGAUAGAUAUAGUCUUGUAGGUACAGGAAUCUUAAAUUUACAAGAUGAGGGAGAUGAGUUUGACAGUGACACUGAUAUAGAUCCAAUGCAUGCUGCCCUUAGCCAUUGGAAUUCUGAUGAUAUGGAGGAGGAGGAGGAGGAGGAGGAGGAGGAGGAGGAGGAAAGAGAAUGGGAAGUUGCUGGGGCUGAGGAAGCUGAAGCCACUGCCCGCCUUCAAAUAUUUUUUACCUCAAGCCCAAGUGAGACAAGUGGCCCCAUUAAUUGGGACCCACAGUUUCAUUUUCCUGAGUCUGAGGAAGUAUUAAGCAGCAGAGUUAGGGAUAGAGGGCAAACUUACACUGAUCACAGCUCCAAUUACUUGGAGGAGGCACGUUCACCUCCUUUUGGUACAACUUUUGGGGAUUAUCUUGAUGCUAGACAAUUUGAAGAUCUACUUGAGCACCUUGCUGGGAAUGACAACUCAAGACGAGGAGCACCUCCUGCAGCAGUGUCUUUUGUACGUAGUCUGCCCCGUAUUGUUAUAAGCAAAGAACAUGAGAAGUAUGAUGAACUUGCAUGUGCCAUUUGCAAGGAUGCUUUGGCCACAGGCACUGAAGUAAAUCAACUUCCCUGCUCUCACCUUUUUCAUGCUUGCUGCAUUUUGCCAUGGUUGAGUGCACGAAAUUCAUGCCCCCUUUGUCGUUAUGAGCUCCCAACAGAUGAUAAGGAUUAUGAGGAUGGAAAGUGCAAUAUCAACAUUAGAAAUGAGAUCCAUGAAGUGCAGCAGCUAGAUGUGAUGAGUGGUAAUUCUUUUGAUGGAGCUGAAGCUAAUGAAGAGGAUGGUACUGAACAAGGUGGAUUGCAGCAAAGCGAGCUCGUGAACAUGGUUCCUUUAGAUAAUCCUUCUGUAGCAAGUGGCGGUAGAGGAAGAUGGUUUUUCCUUGCUGCUGCUCCAAUUGUUAGUCUUGUGGGUAUUGUUAUUGUCUUAUGGUUAGGCAACCCUUUAAUUGAAGGUAGUAGACAGCUGGACUGCCACAACUUACAGGGCCAAAAUCAGCAUCAGGUUCAUGUUUCUGCCUCACCCAACCAUGGGGAGGAUAGAAGCAGAAGAUGGUGGUGUUUUUUCUAGGUAUUUACUAUGCAGUAUUAAUGCCUUGACGGUUACUUUUGAUGAAAUUUAUGGCUGAUUCUGUAUUCUUUUGGGGUGAUCACUCGUCAGCUGGUCUGCAUAAGCUGGAGACUUACAAAGAUUUUCCUUGCCUUCAUUAGUGUCAUGCUUAUCCUCCUGUCAACUUUCCAUGUUCUUGCAACGCUUGUAAGUUUUGUGAAUAGAUAUGAAGUUUAAAAUGUUUUCAUGGCA